UUCGACGGACGAUGUCGCGCCCUUUGAACUCUCCGCGCUGGUCGGCGACAUCCCUUUAAUCCAGUUGGUGUUUGGAGAACUGUUGUUUGUGUACUUUUUCUUAGUUUCUCUCUCACUCACCAGGAGCAACCUGAAUAGCGCUCUAGUAGCUGUUGCUGUCGAAGGAUUCUUGUUUUUUUCUGUUUGCUUUUUGGGGGUGUGUUGGGCGGAAGUUUCGAUGGUUGGUGGCACGAACGCGUGUUCCGCGGGAGGUGAAAAAUCAAGACGGGGAAAAUAGCAAUAAUACAAAUGAUCGCGCCAAUAAUAAUUAAUGGACGGAACUAGUUCGCGUGUUUCGGGUGAGCUGUUUGAAGCUAAUUGAUUGGGUCCAGAUUUCGCUCCUGCUUGUUAUACGAGGGUGGGAGAAAAGAGCCAGAUAGAUAGGAAUCGCUGAAUUGGUGGCAAUUAAUUUGAGGCGAAUGCCUCGGCGGUGGGAAAAAUACGACAGCGAUAAUUGCUCCAACGCAACCGGCAUUGAUUUGCUUAAGCUGAUUUCACACCACUUCGGGAGGGGGAGACGUGAAGUGUUGUCAGUUGUAGAGAGGUGUGUACAUUGUGUAGCAAAUUGUGUGCAUUUUGUUUUGCAUCGAAAACAAAUAAUUCUAGAACCGGAUCUGGUGAAAGAUUCCGUUAGACUAUGAUAACGGUUCAGAAAGUACAACAUUUGUUACGAUGGCUAUACUAGAAGCAGAAUGAAUUGAAAAAAAUCAUCGCUGAUAUAAAGAAAACCAAUCUCAAAGUGACAGUAAUGUAUGUCACAUAUAAUGUAGAAGUGUUUUUCGAUUGUAAUAUUCCUCCGAAGAGUGUAAAUGUGAAGAGUUGUGAUAGUUUCUGUUUGUAUGUAUUAAAUAAUUAACACCAAUAGUUUAUAUUGAUACGAUGAAACCAUUCCAAUCAAAAGUUUUCCCAGAAAUGAGGGGGAAAAUACAAAGCCGACGUAGCUGAAAUCAAAAAAAUCAAUGUAAAAUUUUGUAAUUGUUCGCUCAAAUCAAUUCCCAACUUCAUAUCAGCCACCAAUAAAAUUGGAUCCUCUCGGUACGAAAAGUUUUAAUUGAACCAAGUUCCACAGCUGAGCCGUGGACUGAUUCCGGUCAGUGAGUGAAUCGGGCAAGGAAAGCUGGAAAAAGUGAAAAAUUUUGCAAUGAAUUUCAUCCCAUUACAACUCCGACCCGCGGAAGAAGAAGAGUGCGCCUGAUUUGGGUGGUGUGACAGCGUGAUUUGAUGGUACGGUCCCGGUGGCGGAGAUAACCAGGUGGGAAAGUGAUCGGUGCUACUCAAGUCCUACCUUCCGGAAAGGAACAAGUUUGAUGAGCAUUGUCCGUUAUCGCAUGACUGAAGAGGAUUGCGGUGUGAUAGUGAGUGCAUUGUGCGCGGAUGAAAAAGUUUUUGCAACCCUCUAUCCGGCCAUCUUUUAUGCAGUGUGAAAUGGAGAAGAGUUGUUGGUGCUCGGGAUGAGCUGUAUGAUCUUUCGCGUUUUAUCUGACAGCAGUCACAGAUAGUCACAAUAGUUAGACGGAAGGUUUUUUUUAUUUUUUCCCUGCUCUGGUUGCACAAUAAAUUCGCUCAAUAAAGUUGCUGACACAAAUGCUACACGGCGAGAAUUACAUCGACUUCUUCUGUGCAGCUUAGAGAGUGAGUGGUUGGUGAUAGAGAAAAGAAUAGCAGCGCUUCCAGGAGGAAAUUGUAGCCAGCAGAAUGGACAUCGAUAUCAUUGAUAUCCGGACGCUGGGCUAUCUAUCCAGCACAAGCACGGUGGUGUCGGCAACUGCAAUAUGUAACCUGACGGCGACCAACCAGACCGAUAGCAGCGGCGACGGUGGCGGAAGUGGUGGCCGAGCGGGAAGCGGCGCAACCGGAGGACCGGAGGACAAUGACGACGACGACGUCGACGCUUUAUCGCCCCUAUCGAUGUCGUCUCUCGGUGUUUUCCUGUCGAUUGUGAUAUUUCUUUCGGUAGCUGGUAAUAUUUUAGUGUGCAUAGCAAUUUACACCGAGCGAAGCCUGCGACGGAUUGGGAACCUGUUCCUGGCCUCUCUUGCCAUAGCCGAUUUGUUUGUGGCAUCGCUGGUGAUGACUUUCGCCGGUGUCAAUGAUUUAUUAGGUUACUGGAUAUUUGGUGCCCAAUUCUGCGACACCUGGGUGGCGUUCGACGUCAUGUGUUCAACUGCUUCCAUCCUUAAUCUGUGCGCUAUCUCGCUGGAUCGGUACAUCCACAUCAAGGACCCCCUGAGAUACGGACGCUGGGUAACGCGGCGGGUUGCCAUCGGAACGAUCGUCGUCAUCUGGCUGCUGGCGGCCCUGGUGUCCUUCGUGCCGAUCUCGCUGGACCUGCACCGGGACAAGCGGGACGAGACGGACACCUCGCUCAUCAUCAACGGCGUCAAGUACGAAACGUGCGCCCUGGAUCUGACGCCCACCUACGCCGUCGUCUCUAGUUGUAUAAGUUUCUACGUACCUUGUGUAGUUAUGAUCGGAAUCUACUGCAGGCUCUACUGCUACGCCCAAAAGCACGUUAAAUCGAUACGGGCCGUGACGCGACCGGGUGAGAUCAGCGAGAAGCGCUACCGCAGCAUACGAAGGCCCAAACCGAACAAAAACAAGCUGAAACUGCGCCAGCUGGCGCAGCAGGCCUCCUCGCCGUACCACGUAUCCGACCAUAAGGCGGCCAUCACCGUGGGCGUCAUCAUGGGCGUCUUCCUGGUGUGCUGGGUGCCGUUCUUCUGUGUAAAUAUCAUAGCGGCGUUCUGCAAGACCUGCAUCGGGCCGCAAACGUUCAAGGUGCUCUCGUGGCUCGGGUACUCGAACUCGGCGUUCAACCCGAUCAUCUACUCGAUCUUCAACACCGAGUUCCGGGCCGCCUUCAAGCGGAUCCUGACCACGCGGAGUUCCUGCUACGGCCAGGAGAUCAGCAACAUCUAUCCCCGCCACAGCGAUCGCUACGUGACGGACUACGCGGCCAAGAACGUCGUCAUGCACUCGGGCCGAUCGUCGGCCGACCUGGAGCAGGUAUCAGCGAUAUGACCUUACUAGAAUAACAUCAACAACACCGAGGUUUAGGGUGGAAACUCACUGCUGCACUGCUGCACUGGGUGGAUUAUUUGUUUUAAUUUUUUUCCUCAGGUUUGUGAAUCAAGGAUCGUAGUUUCUCGAGUAGAGGUUGAGGUUGCACGUUCUCACGUUACUCACCCCUGCCCUCCAUAACUAAUUUGCUUCCAGGAAUAUUCGCGGAAAAAGUGGAAUAUCGUUUUUUGAUCAACAAUUGUUUUUUGUUGGGAAAAACUCCUGGACAAUCAAUGCAGUGGUUGAUGAAAUGUUAUUCCACUUGUGCUCCGUCGAGAACAACAGUUUAUCGGUGGUUUAGUGAAUUUAAAAUGGGCCGUACAAACACCGCAGAUGCACUUCGCUCUUGAAGGCCGAAAGUGAGUUAGGCGAGUGAGGCCGUAGGCAUUUCAAAAGAACUAGUGGGAUACAUUUUGCGCGACAUUUUGGACAUGACAAAGCUAUCCGCGCGAUGGGUGCCGCGUUUGCUAACCAUCGACCAAAAACAGCGCGUUGAUGAUUCAAGUGAUUUUCUUUCGCCGUUUAUGGCAAUUGAUCAAACGUGGAUCCAUUACCACACUUCAGAAUCCAAAAGGCAGCCUGCAGAGUGGCACUGAGGCAUAUUUCGAAGACUUAGACGCUUCAUACUACUGAAAGGGAGUCGAAAUGUUGGAAACUCGCUAUACCAAGCUCUCGGAGGAAACUAUGUUGAGGAAUAAAUAUUACCCAAAAAACGAUUGUUUUCAUUUGAAAUCACGGGACUUUUCAGCCCAUGUACUAUGAUAAGAACCAGUUUUAGGCCCGAUAUAACGCUAUCAGUAAAACAUGGUCCAUCUAGUAAUGGAACCACAACUUUUGCGAAUAUUUCGGUUUUCAAUUGAUGUAUUGAAAAUCUGAAUCAUGUAAAUCUGUCUCUGCAAAUGUCUGUACUAAAGAGUUUCAUUAUUGAAUAUCUAUAAUGAUUUUUUCUCCCCGAUUAUAAUUCCGACUUCCUACGUUUACAAUGCGGUCGUGUCUUGGGCGGUGUGCGUUUACGAGUUUUUGUACGGCCCGCGACCCAAUUACUAACACGUAUUUGUGAAAAAUAGGUGGGUUAUAUCUAUGAUAUAACCGUAAGGUUGACGUGGGAUUGUAUUGAUUAAAUUAUCGAUUGAAUGAAACAAUCUUCGAAUUCUAUUGAAUUCAAUAUAUUUGCUUUGUAAGUAAAGAGUUUGAACAGUUGUCAUGUAAGAUCGAUUCAUGCAUUGUACUAGAUUAUGUUCUUCGCUACAAGUAAAUUUGAUGACCCCGACCCCUUGGGGUCGAUAUUGGUUCCUCAGGGGUCGACAUGAACGGAAAUGUAUGUUGGUCUAAAAAUUGACCCCCAUUAAUUAACACAAGUUCUUAUUUGAAACAUUCAAGAUACAGUAUAAGUUGUGUUGCGUGUUCCAACUUCAUUUCUAGUAGAAAGUAUUAUUGUUGUACUUUUCAAAAACCCAACAAUAAGAUGAGCGCGCAUAAGUUCGCAUGAGAUGAAAAAUUUGGCAAGUGAAUUUGGCAAUUGCAUUUUGAAAUUUGUUGGAACUUGAUUACACUCAUUUACUAAUUUAAUUCAAGAGAUUAUAUUAAUAGAACUGGAAAUAAAGUCAUGAAUUAUUUAUUGAGCUGGUUUGGCAAGCCAGUUUGUGCUAGUUUUCUUGAAAAAGUUAUGCAAAAUGGUAUCACUGAUGUCACCGAAGGGAUUGGGAGGCCAGACUGAGCUGGCUUUCUCAGACCACCGAUAAGCAUGCUUAGUUCUACAAAGUAUGUAGUAAUGGCAUAAAGUGUAGUGUUACCAUCUGUCCUGAUUUAGCAGGACAUGUCCUGAUUUUGAGAGCUAUUGGUAUCCAUUUGGUUACUAUGGGUAUCCAUUUCAAAAUCCAUGCUGAACUAUGUGGUGCAGAAAUUCAGCCGUCCAGAAAAUUUGGGUCGCAGAAGGAGCUCUUGCGUUUCAUAGUCGUGGCUUCUUCACUUCUUGUUUGGUGGUCAUCGGAGCAGCAUCGUUGCCGGCGAGCGUCGAGCUGGAAUAAAUUGUCUUUCUUAAGACAGAUAAAGGAAGAGUAAUGGAGUAGUUUUAUUUCCACAAAGACCCUCCUCAGGGCUAGAGACAAAUGAGUUGCAAAAGCUUAAAGUCUCUAUAAACCAGCCCAAGAAGGAAGGAUACCCGUGGCUUGUACUUCGGCACUAUUGCGCUUGAUAUUCGAUGACUCUGAAACCACCAAAAAAACAGAAGCCAUCAUCUCCGGAGUAUUUUUACCGCAUGGAUCGACCAAGAAAUAUGUUAAAUAAAUAAAUUUCCCAUGUUUUUAUUUAAUUAUAUCUCUUCACAAAUGAGUUAAUACAAACGCUAAAAGAUCUGAAUAAAGUUGCGUUUGAUGAACAAAGUUACGAGAGCUUGGAAAAUGUCUGAACUUCUUUUUAGGGAGUACGUAAACGAUGGAAAAACAUCUGUUGAUCGGCUCAACGAAUUUAAGGCUAAUCAAAUGCAUCGACUUCAACUUCAACGACUCGGUCAUGAUAAAUCUGACCAUGUCAUAAGAACAGAACUUCAAACCAUUUUACCGCUUACUGAAAACUUUCCUUAUUUGUUUACCAGAGUCCUGAGAAGGGCCCUUGUGGACAAACCCAAUGCAAACUCCUUCUUCACCUGCCUUGAGAAAGACACUUCAUUGUCAUUGCUCGUCCGCUUCCACAAACAUCAAACGACGUUCUCGUGAAAAUGUUCAAUAAAAUUCGCAAGUAAAUAUAAAAAAUGUCGACAAAAAUCCAGACAAAUUCAAACUUUUGAUUUUCCAACAUCCAGAUUUUUGUUCAAUACACCUGGUAACCCUGGCUUAAUACUUCAUAAGGCCGUGGAAACUAGACGAGAGAUCGACUCGAACUUCAGAGAACAUAAUCCUUACAUGAGGAAGAACACAUUAUCUUUGAUAAAAAAAUAAACUAUCGAAACAGUUGAAAAAAUUGUGGCAAUAUAGUUGCCACUGCCCGUUAACCCUAAAACACUGCUUGCCGCUGUCUUGUAAGCUCAUUUUAUUGUGUCCUUGGUUAUACAAAAAGUGAAACAAUAUCUCUAGCGCAGCGAACAAAAUUUAUUUAAAAAACUGCAUGAAUUUACACAGUAUAUCCCAAAUAGAACGUUUACAGUGAAAAACUUAUGAACUUGUUACAUGUUCAACGAAUUUAAACAGAUUUUUUGCCAGCGUCUGAAAUCGCGGUUUAUUUGUAACUAAAAAUUGGGGAGUCAUUAAUUUCGUAUUAAUAUCGUACCAGCCUUAAAAAAAUGGAGUAUUACAGAUACUUUUAGAAGUCUUUGGUUAAGCGAAAUAUUGAAAGAAUAUUUAAAGUGCGACAAAAAGAAUUGUUGUUGGCUACAUAGUUGCUAAGGCCUUAUAACAGGUUAACCAACCGCAAAGUCUUUAAAUUAGUAAGAAUUUUGUAUGAAUAAAACAAAAACCAGAGAUAGAUUUCGGUUUAAAAAAUUUGGCUAUAGGGGUCUGAGAUAUUACUUUGUUCUGGGGUCUAUUGCACAAAAUAGUUUGAGAGCCCAUGCUGUAGAUCAUCAUUGCGCUGGUGUCUCAAUGGUCAUCAAUUGUCCAAUUAAUGUGAUCUUGUGCCCACUUCAGCUAUUUUGGAUUUUCCGACAUCCAUUGUUUUUUAACAUAUUAAGGACCGCUCACGUGUUUUCUACGCUUAUUGGUUACAACCUUGGAUCGCCUUCGUCUCAUCCACACCGAAGGAAACGAUCUCAUUCGUGGAAUCCGAACGAAUGAAGCGUACAAGUUUGCCCCAAAACGUCCUAGGCGUGUGUCUUACAAAUUCCUUUGCGGUAUGUUAAGUGCCAAUCGGCCCUCGGUAAUUUGACCGUAGAUUGUUUCUAGUAUCAGUUUUCGGAUACUUAGCGAACAUUUGUGGGUUUUGGGGAUUGAAGCAAAAUAUCAUCAUCUUUGAUCACGAAACCUUCCAAACAAGUGUAACCCGAGACGAUCGAACUGAAUGAAUGGAGGAGUUACAAGUUAACGGCUUAAGCGCCACUCCUGAAGAAGACCGUUCACCACUGUUUCUGUGUCCAGCUGGGACUCUUCCAAAGGGCAGGUUUUAUCUUUGUACCCCCAAACACAGGAAAGUGUCAAGUUCGCCCCAGGCACGUUGGGAAACCAAUAAUUGCUGUGGUAAUUGUUGCUCGCAACAAUCGACCUCAGAUCGAUAAAGCAGAUCUCUAGUUUGCCAGUGUUACGAUCACAGGUAAUUACUUAUACGAUCAACGUUUUCCCUUCUCGCUUGGGAAACCAAGACCGACAUAAAAUCAACCAAAAACCAACGAGGAAAUCAAUGUCGGCUAUUCGGAACCAGUUUUAGGACUUUAUUGUCUCCAAAAACAACAAAAAAGAAACUAAAGUAGACCUCUUACUAAAAAACACAAUUGCCACAGAAGUGCGCAAGUACAUAACGUUUCUAAAGUCAAUUAUCCCGCGCAACACUUGCCCCAAUCAUUAAGGGCAUCCACCUUUAAUCCCAAGUGUCUGAUCUUGCCGGACCUUCAGUCCAACCCAUAUUUGGAGACAAGGCACCAGCUCUUCGGUAUAGUUUCAAACCUGAAACAGGAACAGUUCUUCCAUUCCCCCUUUGGUUGAGAAUACAGCUCAAAGUUUCCACAAAAGACAUGUUCCUAAAAGAAAAAGAAGAAAAUGCUGAGUGCCGCGUCGCUACAAUGGAAUGAUUUCCGCCAUCCCAGUUCUAUCGACGUCUAAGCACUCAGUGGAACCAUACAAAUGUCUCUUGUGGGAAGUUGCCGAAAGAAGUUGUUCUGAAGCUUUGCAGAAUCAGGAAAUAAUAACUGUAUGCAAUUUUUACAUUCAACAAAGUGAUAGAAACGACGUUGUACACAGCAAAUUUGUACUAAUUUGUAUUUGGGUAUAUAUCUGGGUGGAUAAACUUUUUUGCAUGUUUUCGUUUUUAGUUUCUAACGACAAAAUCCUUGAAGAAGAAGCACAUUUGAUUUGCUAAUCAUAGGUACUAAAAAAAUUAUAAAACAAACAAAUAGCCGAAUAAUUUUCCCAGUUUUCAAACGAAAAACGAAACAUUUGCAAAUGUGGAGCAGGGAUGGAUAAAUGUUGUCUACAUACUGUAGGUCGGAUUGUCGCGCAUUUCUACAACAUUUCGCAGCUUCCAAACGUCGAAUUCGAAAGGGUAGCUCCGUUACUUCAAUAUCAGCCAGCGUUAAUAACUUGUGAUGUUAGUACGGGUGCUCACCACUUCAUUUUCGUGCCGCAAUUCAACCCAAACUCGAGAAACUACGACAUGAGAAAGUCAAAAGUCCCGAGCAAAACACAAGAUCGCAAGCCACUUAAUCUCUACCGCCCAAACUGACAUCAGAGUGGGAAAUGCAACAGAAGAAAGGAAUACUGCACAAACCCAUAAUACCAAAAAUUGGACACGAAAAGCAAUGGUUAAACUAAGCUAGUCAUGUUUUGAGUGGCAAAGGAAGACUGCAAAUGCCACACGCUGCAUAAAUAAUGUAACAAGUUACACAAGUUUCUUGCAGCUUGUGUCGGUUUUGGCAAAACAUUCAUUCACAUGUCAACAUCAACACAAAGCGGGAAAUAAGUUAUUUCCAUCCAAACCACAUAUUGCCAAUUAAAACACCCUUUGUGGAACCCCGCAGGAGGGGGACAAGAAAGCAAACCAACGUUUCUGUAAAUAGUUCACAUCGUACGAGUAAGCAUCCCAGAAACCAGAGAGUUCUUUUCUACAAAACCACCCAAAGGGCGGUACAGAAGUGAAAUUUCCUCACAAUAAACUCGGGCGAGCAGAAAAACUAGGUCGGGUAGAGCCCCGAAUUGAGAUUUAUGUGUUUCGCUGUUGUUGAUGUUUAAACAAACCGGGAGAAGUAACUUUAAGACGAAACCAAGCACCAAAAAACUAUGUAGGAGUUACUUUUCAACUCUCUGUCUCUUCCAUCCUAUGAACACAAAGCCAUUACCCGGAGGUUACACCAAAUCGUUUAAAAGCGGAAAGGCGAUGUAACCGAUUCCACAUAUCCUUAGCAAACUAGGGCCAGUUUCUCUCUUGGAUGUGAGAAGAAAACUCCAAACGCUUAAUGUGUUAGAACAACCUCUCCCCCGAUAGUAUUAGAAUUUGUAAUUUGAGUAACGAUGAGUAGAAAAUAUUGAAACUGAUAAUAGUUAUCAGUUCUGGGUGCGAUACCCCGCAUGUUUUGGCGUUUAGAUUUUAAGACCAAACCAAAGCAUAGCAAGACGGACAAGACAAACACAUACAAACACACAUACACAUCUUCCUACGCGCGUAAGCACACUGACACAUACACAUAAAUAUUACGAUUAUGUGAAAAUAAGACUGAUUAUUGUUUAUUUGAAAACGUGGUGAAAAUGUGGACACUACCAAGAAAAAUCAAAAAUAUUUGAAUGGAAAGAUUCACAUUAAGAAGGAAAAGAAAACAAAAUGUAACACAAACACAAAAGCAAAUAAUUUGUUUUUAACAAGAUACCCUCGUCUUAUGCUCACACGAAAGUCACCGUGAACAAUCCUGAUGAUAUAAAUAAUUGUUACUAUACUUAGCGAAUACCUAAAAUGCAAGUCAAAGCGAAUGACAUCAACUCGAUCCGGGAAAAGGGAACCUUUUUCCGGUUCGAUAUUCUCCUACAGGAAGUAUGUGAAUGCUAGACUCUAGGAAUCAAAACUAGGCGAAGAAUCUCUAUUUUGAAAAUUGCAAACCAAAUACUCUAUGAAAUGAUAUAAAGCAAAGAGAAAAUACAGAAACAACACAAAAAUAGGUCUAUGAUUGUUCUUCGUUGUGAAUAGUUUAACAGAAAAAAAACUGAAUGAUGAAACAGAAAAUACAGUUCGGAUUCGAAAAA